AUGAAACGCAGCUUCAACCAGAGGACCUUGGUCAUGAUCUCGCAUCACAACUUUCCUUCGUUUCACCAUCAGCUACUGCAUAAGAUGACCGAAACAGGCGUCAUCAGUGAUCCCGUGACUCUCCAAGCCGCGUACAACCAGAUGUUUGCUUGGCACCUCUACGUUCUGUACGAGAAGCUUGUCUUGUGCGAAAGUAUCAUCGUCAUCGCCAAGUCACCACAGCUCGCAAGCGAAGCAGUCUCAUCCCUGCUCGACUUGAUCUGCCCAGUGCCUUACGCUGGAGUCGUCAAGCCGUACAUGACUAUGCAAGCCGAUUUCAAGAGCAUAGGUAUCGACGGAGGCACACCACAGUCGUUUAUCAUCGGCAUUACCAACCCUUUCUUGCUUAAGCGCAUUGUUGCUGCGGCAGAGGCCAGCCAUCGCAUGCGACCUCACAUUCUAUACCUCCAGAACUUUGAUGGCCCGGUACCAACAAGGCGACAUCACUCCAUUCACCACAAGUCGAGUCGGAACGCGCUGCUCGACCUUCCAGGUGGCGGCAUUGAGGUCCAUACGCCCCCGAAACGCUUCCUAAAGUCCGAUCCUUUGGUUGUAUCACGAAUCGAGGCCAUGCUUAAGCUCGGCGAUCAGACACGUGACAUUGGACCCAUCAUAAGACGGCAUUUUGCAGAAUUGACUGCGCAGUUCGUGGCGCCCCUCAACCGUUACCUUGCCACGUCAAAUGUUGUUACACCAGGCGGUAAUCACCGAUACGCCAGUUUCUCGAUACCAGAGUUCCUCAGCAGUAGCAAGGGACGGACUAUAUGCGAGUUUCUGCAAUUCGGCAAACUUCUACUCGUGGCUGGAAAUGAAGCUGUCGCUUGA